CCAACCAUGGGAGUGUGUAUAGAGCUUGUAAAUGAGGGGGAUACGAGUCUCGGUCAUCUUUUGCUACAAGCUUCGAACUAAGCCGGUAAGCUCACCUCCCGGUCUAAACCUUCUCCUCCGCCAUGAACCCCCCCUCCUCCUCCUCCUCCUUCCCUUCUUCUUCUUCUGCCUGCCCGCUUUGUCCUACUGCUUCCACUUGGAUUUAGAUCGGUCGAUCGAUUAGAUUGGAUAGAGAUAAGGAGAGGGAAGAUGCUAUGGUCCGAGCUGGAGAUCUCCUCCGGCAACACGAGGAGUUCUCCGGUGUCUUGGUCGCAGUCUCUGCCUGCUUCGAUAAUACCAGGAGUUCUCCUCCAUCAAAGUUGAGUUCCAUGGCUGAAGAGCCGUCUGGAGCCAUGGCCCCGGAAGCGGAGGAGGAGGAGGAGGAGGAGGGGAGGGACGAGGGAGAUGUCCCCGGUAGCUCCUCGAGGGAGUGGCUCCAAUUAAGCCUCGGCAACCCGCCGCCGCCGUCCCACGUCCGAAGGCAGCGGGUUCCGACGGAGCUGGAGUUGUUCAGGGACAGGCCUUCGUCUUUGUCACCGUCGGUCGCGGCGACACAGCCGACGACGACGAUGACCACCAUGCCGGAGGCUGGCACUGGCAUAAGGGUGGUUGUUCCGGCGAGACAAGCCGGGGUUUGGCUCGCACUCGAGGCUGCUGCAGACCAAGGAGGAGGAGGAGAGGCUUUGUUGCCUCAGAUUCCAAGGAACUACCUGAGGAUAAAGGAUGGGAGUUUGACAAUUAGAUUGCUAAUGAAGUACUUGAUGAACAAGCUGGGCUUGGAGGAUGAAUCAGAGGUGGAGAUCACAUGCAGAGAUCAAGUGAUGCUUCCCUUGUGGACAUUGGAGUAUGUUAGAGAUAACAUAUGGUUCUCCGGCGACGUAGCUCCGAUGAUACUCCCUGACACACCGAGCAUCAACCAUCUCAUGACAUUGCACUACAGGAGAGGAAAAAAGGAUGGCCAAGUGCACGAACCAAAAAAGGAUGGCCAAGUGCACGAACCUCCACGCCGAUGAACCUCAUCCCAUUGACUCGAGGUCUGAUCUUCCAGGUCGCAGAGGAGCAAUCCUAGUGCAUCGACUUCUAUUCUUUCUCAUUCUAAUCCAUUCAGGAACAGCCAAAGACAGAUGACAUCAAGAAGUAUAAUUAAUUCCUUUUCUUUCUCCUUUGCUGAAUUGCUGCUAUCUGACAAAUUCCAGUUCCUGCUGCAAUAUUUCUUCAUCAGCAGUGUCGCAUCAAUUCUUUCCACUGACUUGAACUUUACUUUCUUCAUUUAAACCUGGAACAAAGAAAUACAGCAAGAAUUGACAUGUAAAUGUAAUCUGGUUGUAAUUGUUUGAAUGGGUGAUGAGAGCUACUAAAUACAAACUCCUUUUUGCUGCA